AUGGCGGACUUUGUACCUUCUGAGAGCCAUAUUCGUAAUUGUGUGCUUUUCCAUUUUAACGCCGGUUUAAGUGCCACGGAAACAACAAGCAAAAUUUGCGACAUAUAUGGAGAUGUGUUGAAGGUCAACAAGUGUCAACGUUGGUUCAGAAGAUUUGCUGCAAGUGAUUAUGACCUGUUAGAUAAGCAUCGAACUGGACGCCCAGGUCAAUUCGAUAACGACGCCUUAAAAUCUCUAGUGGAGUCCGAUCCAAGGUUAACUAUACAGGAACUAUCAAGAAGCCUUGGCUCUACCUGGUCCACCGUACAAAGGCAUUUAAAAGAAAUUGGCAAGGUACAUAGACAAGGUAAAUGGAUUCCACACCUGUUGUCUGAGGCCAAUAAAGAUCUUCGGCGAACAAUUUGUAAUUCCAUGCUCACCAGACUGAGCAGAGAUCCAUUUUUGUCUAGGAUCGUAACUGGAGAUGAAAAAUGGAUCCUUUAUGAUAACAUAAAGCGAUCGAAACAAUGGUUGUCUGCAAACGAGAGACCUCUUCCAACCCCUAAACCAACCCUAUCCCUGAGGAAGGUGUUAUUGUAUAUUUGGUGGGAUUGUUCCGUUAUAGUGCAUUACGAAUUAUUGAAACCUGGGGAGACAGCUACUGCUGACCUGUAUUGUCAACAAUUACAACGGUUACAGUCCGCACUCAUAGAAAAAAGACCAGCUUUAGUAAACAGAAAAGGUGUGAUACUCCAACAAGAUAAUGCCCGUCCUCAUGCAGCGAAGAUUACUCAAGAAAAAAUUAAGCAGUUAGGCUGGGAACUUCUACCGCACCCUCCAUACUCUCCAGACCUAGCACCGUCGGACUACCAUCUGUUCAGGUCACUGGAGCAUUCGUUACGAAAUAAAAAUUUUAAUUUCUUAUCCGAUGUCCAAACGCACCUUGAGUUAUAUUUUGAAUCAAGUUCACCCCACUUUUUCAAGAGGGGUGUUGAACUUUUGCAGGAACGAUGGCAACAAGUCAUCGCAAACGACGGUGAUUACAUAAACGCUUAA